AUGGUGGAAAGUGUGGCUUCCUCAGAUGUCGAUGACACAGAGGAAGCUCCUGAGGAACAGUCAGCUCAGCCCCCACCCAGGCCCCAGGAAGAAACCCGGAUUCGGUUUCUAGACCACGUCCAGACCCUCAGCCCUGAGGAAGAGGCCCUGGUCCAAAGAGCGGCAUCCGAAGGUAGUGACGAGGCAGAUGACGAGGGUGCCCAGCUGGUGGUUCUGGACCCGGACCACCCCCUGAUGAUCAGAUUCCAGGAGGCUCUGAAGAGCUACCUCAACCGUCAGAUGGACAAGGUGAAGCUGGACAUCGAAGAACUGGAUGUGGCCACCAAGCAAACCCGAGUGCAGAGGCAGGAGCUGGGCGUGAACCUCUACGGGGUCCAGCAGCACCUGGCUCGCCUGCAGAUGCAACUGGAGAAGAGCCACGACAGGCACUCCCUGGCCGCCUGCGAGAGGCGCAAGAAGGAGGACGAGCUGCUGACCACCCGCGCCCUCUACAGCAAGACCUGCGCCACCGCCAACGAGGAACGAAAGAAGUUGGCGGCCCUGCAGACUGAGAUGGACAGCCUGGCUCUGCACCUCUUCUACAUGCAGAACAUAGACCAGGACCUGCGUGAUGACAUCCAAGUAAUGAAGCAGGUGGUGAACAAGACGGAGACUGAGAAGAUCCGUGCGGAGACGGAGAAGAAGAAGCAGGACCUGUUUGUGGACCAGCUCACCGAAAGGGCACACCAGCUGGAAGAAAGCAUCUGCCUGUUUGAGGCUCAGUGCUUGUCCCAGGCUGAGGACACUCGGAUUCUCAGGAAAGCAGUGAGUGAGGCCAUCACAGAGAUCGACACCAUUGCCGUGGAGAAGAAGCGUAUCUUGCAGCAGUGGACAACCAGCCUAGUGGGCAUGAAACACCGUAAUGAGGCGUACAGGACCGUGCUGGAUGCACUCAGGGAGUGCGAACAUCAGGCCAAGUCCGUGGACGGCGAGAUCGAAGCCUACAAGCGGUCCAUCAUGAAGGAGGAAGAGAAGAAUGAGAAGCUGGCCCGCUUUCUGAAUCGCUCGGAGACAGAAGCCACCCUGGUGCAGAAAAUGACCACGCAGUGCUUAGGCAAGCAGGAGGGCCUGCAGAGCGAGUUUAACACCUACCAGCUCGCCCUGCAGGACACGGAGGAGAUGCUGAACAAGGGCUAUCUGGAGCAUGCGGCCGUCUUGAGCGAACUCCAGGUCGCCCGGCAGGCUGUCCAACAAGAGCAGGAGCUACGGCAAAAGAUGGAUGCCUCCAUCCUGGACAAGCUGCAGGAACAUGGGACCUCCAGCAAGAUGACCAAGUACUUCCAGCAGCUCCUUCGGAAGCUGCAGAAGGAAAACACCAACCUGGUGACACACCUUUCGAAGAUUGACGGCGACAUUGCUCAGGCCACCCUGGACAUCACCAACACCAACUGCAAGGUAGACAUGCAUAAGAAGACCCUGGCGGAGCUGGACAAAGAGGUGAGGAGGGUCAAUGACCUCAUCACCAACAGCGAGAGCGAGAUCGCCAGGCGCACCAUCCUCAUCGAGAGGAAGCAGAGCCUCAUCAACUUCUUCAACAAGCAGCUGGAGCAGAUGGUGUCCGUGCUGGGGGGGGAAGAAGCUGGACCCCUGGAGCUGGAGAUCAAAAGGCUGAUGAAACAGUCAGAGGAGCUUAACUCUGGAGUGGCUGAGGCACAGAUGACCUGGCUGCGACUGCAGCAGGAGCUGGUCCAGGUCACGCACGAGCGGGAGGAGCAGCUUGUGUCCCUGGGCCAACUCAAUAAGGAGCUGCACAUCAUGGAGCAAAAGAAGCUUCGCAUAGAGAACAAGAUCGAGCAGGAGAAGCGGGAACAGAAGGAGAUCACCCGCCACAUGAAAGACCUGGACAACGACCUGACCAAGCUCAACAUGCUGACGGACAGGAACCGGUGCAACUUGGAGCAGCUGCAGCAGAGCAGCCUGGUGGUGGAGACAGAGUUUGUGCGCACGUUGAAGGAUGCAGAAAGAGAGACCAUCCAAAUGCAGGAAAAGCUGGCACAGCUCCGUGAGGAAAAGGCCACCCUCCUCAAUAGCCUAGUGGAGGCGGAGCACCAGAUCAUGCUCUGGGAGAAAAAAAUCCAACUGGCAAAGGAGAUGCGCACCUCAGUGGAUUCCGAGACCGGGCAGACAGAGAUCCGUGCCAUGAAAGCCGAGAUCCACAGGAUGAAGGUGAAGCACGGGCAGCUGCUGAAACAGCAGGAGAAGAUGAUCCGCGACAUGGAGCUGGCCGUGGCCCGCAGGGAGACCAUCGUCAUGCAGGCCGAGGGGCAGAGGAAGCUGGACAGGAAGACUGUCACCAGGACGGACUUCCACUACCAGCAAAACGAGCUUCGAAAGAAAAUCAGGGACACUCACAAGGCCACAGAGGAAUGCACGAAGACCAUCUCAGAACUGGAAGGAUCUCAAAAACUCCUCAGCAACACCCUCCAGGAGAAGCAGCAGUCGCUUUCAGACAUGCAGGAGGACACAGAUGCUCUCCAAGGGGAGAUCAGCCAGCUCACAGCCCUCAAAACGGCAGAUAUCGUGACCCUGCAGACACGGGCCAAGUACCUGCAGGCGGCCGUUGAGGGGAAGUAUGUGUUCCUGUACCGCAGCAUCAACUCCCAGCUGCUGGAGCGCAGGGUCCUGGACAACAGGCUGUCCCAGUUGAAUGCCAUCCUCUCCCAAGUGCAGAAAGACUACCCCCAGUUCCAUGAGGUGCUGCAAAACAUUCAAGAGAAGAUCGCCAUUACCUUGCGCCCUGUCGCCUGCGGCCACGAGGGGGCGCAGCGAGAACACGCGCCUGGACGCCGGCGCCUGCGCCAGAGGCCGUGUCACGUGGUCCGCGCGCUGGGGCCACGCCCUCUGGCCACGUGA